AAAUGCCUCACUUUCUCUCAACCUCCACCCUGCUACUCUAUUCAUGGCCGCAUUCAAUUAUAUCUGGUAACAACACCAUCCAUCAGGAAAUUCCAACAAUUAUUCCAAAAAAGUAAUUACUCAUUUUCUUUAAAAAAAAAUCUUUCACUCAAAAGUUAUUGUAUGUGAAAAUUAGAAAUAUGGAGAUCGAGACAGCAGCUCCUCAGCUUCAUAGGAGUACCACGCAGGACGUCGAGAUGGGCGGCGGCGGAGGGGCGGAGGGCGGCGGCGUAUUCUUAACAUGGGAGGACUUGACGGCGGUACUGCCGAAUUUUGGGAAUGGGCCGACAAAGAGGCUGAUAAAUGGGCUGACGGGUUAUGCUCUUCCGGGUCGGAUCAUGGCCGUUAUGGGUCCUUCUGGGUCCGGAAAGUCAACUUUUCUUGAUUCCUUGGCAGGUAGACUCUCAGGCAAUGUGAUAAUGUCUGGUGACGUGCGUCUUAAUGGAAGGAAAAGAAGGCUUCAAUACGGUGUCGUUGCUUACGUCACCCAAGAGGACGUGAUGUUGGGCACGCUCACAGUCCGCGAGACGAUAGCGUACUCAGCGUCCCUUCGUCUUCCGAGCUACACGAGAAGAGCCGAGCUAACCGAAGCAGUCGAGCACACGAUUGCCGAGAUGGGCCUACAGGAGUGCGGGGACCACGUCAUCGGCAACUGGCACCUAAGGGGCAUCAGCGGAGGGGAAAAGAAGCGGCUCAGCAUUGCCCUCGAAAUCAUAACGCAGCCGAGCCUCCUGUUCCUGGACGAGCCCACCAGCGGCCUCGACAGCGCAUCCGCAUUCUUCGUAGUGCGGGCCCUACGCAACAUCGCGUGCAAGGGCCGCACGAUCGUCUCCUCCAUUCACCAGCCGAGCAGCGAGGUUUUCGCGCUCUUUGACGACCUUCUGCUCUUGUCGUCCGGCGAGACUAUAUAUUUCGGGGAGGCUUGUUCUGCGGUCGAGUUCUUUGCGGAUGCUGGAUUCCCGUGUCCCCAAAGAAGGAACCCGUCGGAUCAUUUCCUUCGUUGUGUUAAUUCGGACUUUGAUGACGUCACUAAAACUUUGAUUGGCUCGCAAAGAAUACUGAGAGAUAUACAUGAGGCUCUGAUGGGUUCACAAAGGAUGAAAGAAAUAGAUUUUAACACAGGCCCACUAAUGGAUUUGGCAACAGGGGAAAUCAGAGCAAAGCUUAUUCGGAAUUAUCAAACCUCGAAGUUCGCGUCAAGAGCAAAAGCUAGAAUCAAAGAGAUUUCAGUCACCGGGGGCGGAUUCGUCUUUGAGGAAAUUAACGGGAGCCAGGCCACAUGGUCGAUGCAACUCUCGACUCUCACGAGACGGUCGUUCAAAAACAUGACUAGGGACUUUGGAUACUACUGGCUGAGAAUCAUAGUCUUCAUCUUGGUCUCCUUAUGUGUGAGUGCAGUCUUCCACGACGUGGGCACUAAUUCCCACGCGAUUCUAGCCAGGGGAGCCUGCGGUGGCUUCAUAUCCGGCUUCAUGACAUUCAUGACCAUCGGUGGUUUUCCAUCAUUUAUUGAGGAAAUGAAGGUGUUUCACAAGGAAAGGCUCAACGGACACUAUGGCGUCAGUGUGUAUGUCGUUUCCAAUUUCGUCUCUUCGUUUCCUUACGUGGUGGCAAUAUCAUUGAGUUCGUCGUCCAUCAUUUAUUUCACGGUGGGAUUUCACCCGGGUUUUUUCCACUACACGUACGCAGUGCUCGACCUCUUGCUGUCCAUAGCAGUGGUCGAGAGCUGCAUGAUGGUUGUGGCUGCAGUUGUCCCCAAUUUCAUGAUGGGAGUUGUGGUCGGCGCCGGUCUCAUCGGCAUUAUGAUGGCCACGGCCGGUUUUUUCCGGCUCCUACCCGACCUCCCCAAGAUAUUCUGGAAAUAUCCUGUUUCGUACGUCAACUACAUGUCAUGGGCAUUGCAGGGGGCAUACAAAAACGACAUGCUUGGGAUUGAGUUCGAGUCCCCAUUGGUCGGUCAGCCAAGACUCAAAGGAGAACAAGUGUUGACCUCAAUUAUGGGCAUGUCCUUAAACCACUCCAAGUGGUGGGACCUGGCAGCAGUUGCGGCCAUCCUAGUGGCCUACAAGCUGUUAUUCUUUGGCAUUAUCAAGUUGAAGGAGAGGGCUUUGCCUCUUCUCAAAUCUCACUACACAAACGCAACUCUAAGGCGAAUGAAGAAGAGGCCAUCCUUCCGGAAGGUUUCGCCGCCUUUUCCUUCAAAGAGGCAUUAUUGCGUCAUGCACCCGACUUUGUCCUCUCAAGAGGGUCUCGACUCGCCGUUACACUGAUGAAAUUAUAUAUCAUAAUAUCGACAUAACUACACUACAACUACAAGACAUAUAUUGUGGAUUUUUUUUUCCAAAGUGGGGGAGGGCUUAUUUUUGUGCCUAUAUAAUGCCUCUAUUGGCAUAUUUAUGUUUGACGAGUUUGAGUACUGGAAAUUUGCAGAUUAAACCGAUUGUCUUUUACCCGACUUCUCGUUUUCCAUAGCUCAACCAGGCAUUUUUAGCUUCUAUAAACAAACCACAAUAUUUUUAUUCAUCGGCCUCAACUUGGAAAUAUUUAUUUUCACCUAGUGAGGCGAAGGAAUUAAUUUUUUUUAUUCAUGUUAUGUGUGGUUAUGAGUCAAGUCUCACACACGAGUUGUGUGGUCGUGGCUAAAAGUAAGUCUGGAAAAAU